AUGUUGCUGACGCUAUCAGCGUCGUCCAUUCCAUCGGAUUCGCUUGCUUUGCCGCGCUCCACGCCGCGACGCCCCUACUCGCUGCCGUUUCGCGCCCUUUCGCGCGCCGCAGCCCCCGGCGAGGGGCCUUCCGCGGCGCUCGUCCCCCGCACAUGCGCCAUGACCGCCGCUGCGCCCAUCGCGGACGAUCUACGCGCGCUGGACGGUGGCGCUCACCUUCCCCCGCAGGACUCCGCGGGGAAGAGCUCCGCGGACUUGGCGGAGCGCAGGGAUGAUGGCGCGCAACAAUUUCGCGGGGAAUGCUCGCACGCGGAGAAGCGGAAGCUGAACGCCAGCGCCGAUGCCGGCGAAUGCCGCACUGGCGGCGAUGCGGCGGCGGUGCCGCCCGAGGGAACGGAGAGCAAAGCCGACUCGACGAGAUCCGCGGAAUCCGCCGCGAAGAGACCCCGCGGGAGCGCCGAUCACGGCGAAAAACCGCCACUGGCGCAGCUUGCGGAGACGAACAACCGCGGCGGCGGCGGCGGCGGCAUCUCGCCGCGCCUUGCUCCCGCCUCCCCGCCCGCCGCCGUGCUUCACGGGCCUGCGCAUGCGGCUGCUGCUGUGCGCCAACCCUCUGAGCUUCCGCCCCGCCUCCCGUGGGCGAUCGCGCCGCCCGUUGACUCGACGGUCAACGCGACCGCCGGCUGUCCCGCUGCUGACGUGGCUGACAAGUCGGGGGAGAGCGGAGGCGCGGGGUUGGAGGAAGGGGACGAGGCGGAGGGGGAGGAGGUCGAGGAGGAAGGCGAGGAGGCGGUUGGUGGGGUGACCGCCGCGGAUGGCAGCGCGUGCGGCAAGAAGAAGCGGUACCGUUACAAGCGGCUGUCGAAAGCGGGUUACAUUCCGGACGACGGGCAGCACUGGCACAAGUACGGGCAGAAGAACCUCGUCGACGCCGGAUACUGCAGGGCGUACUACCGGUGCGCGCGGCGGAGCGCGGGGUGCGCGGCGAAGAAGACGAUCGACUUCCUCAUCCGGUGGGGGCUGGACAUGCGCGUCACGUACAGCGGCCAGCACACGCACGGCCUGCCGCCCAGGCUGCAGCGCGAGGUCUUCACAUACGCCACCACGCCCGCCCAGCUGCCGCCCAACAUCUCCGUGCCGCCCAACGUGCUCGCUGCUGCGGCGGCCAAUGCUGCUACAGCCGGCGCUGCUACAGCCGGCGCUGCUACAGCCGGCGCUGCGAGCUCCUCUGCCGCGUCUGCAGAAUCCCAUCCCGCUAGUGCCGGCCCGUCCCCCAUCUCACCUCCGCUCACCGCUUCCCCCGCCCCACCCGGUCCUGCUCCUGCUGCUCCAGCUGCUUGUGCUCCUGCUGCUGUUACUCACCCUGCUGCCUCUGCCCCUCCUGCUCUCAACUCACCUGUUAUGAGCGGCGCUGAUAACCAUGUAACUGGUAACACGGCGCACGCGUGCAGCCCUGCUCACCACGUGCAGUCGCAGCCCACCCAGACGCCUCCUCGCUUCCUCUCUCCACAACAACCGCAGCAGCAGCAGCAGCAGCAGCAGCAGCAGCAGCAGCAGCAGCAGCAGCAGCAGCAGCAGCAGCAGCAGCAGCAGCAGCAGCAGCAGCAGCAGCAGCAGCAGCAGCAGCAGCAGCAGCAGCAGCAGUACCAACCGCAGCAGCAAGCAGCACAGGGGUACCGCUUCAGCCCCACAACGCAACAACCGAUGCCGCCCAGUCCGGGCCUGGCCUCCCCUGGCCCCUCCACUGGCGCUGCGGGGUGCACUGGCGGCACGGCGAUUGCCGUUCACUACCAGCCGGACAUGCUGACUCAGCACGGAAUGGCGUCUCAGCACGGAGUGUCCAAACGGCCGCCCAUGCUGCAGGCCUCCCCGCAGCUACAGCCGUCCCAGCAGCAGCAGGCGUCGCUGUCCCCGCUACAACCGUCCCCGCUACAACCGUCCCCGCUACAACCGUCCCCGCUACAACCAUCCACACUACAACCGUCCCCGCUACAACCAUCCCCGCUACAACCAUCACCGCUACAUCGGGGACCGCUACCGCUUCAGCUACAGCCGUCCGCAUCGCCAGUGCAGCAAUGCACUCCUUCCCCCCACCUGCAGCAGGGCGCCCAGCCUGCGUGGUCUGCUGUGGCACCUGCAGGGGUAACUUGCUCGCCUGCUGCUCCGUGCCGGCAACACACUGCUGCUCCCUGCUGCCCACAUGCCUCCCUGCCCUGCCAGCAGCAGCAGCAUCAGUGGCAGUACCAGCAACAACAGCAGUGGCAGCAGCAGCAGCAACAGCAGUGGCAGCAGCAGCAGCAUCAGCAACAGCAGUGGCAGCAACAACAACAGCAGCAACAAUGGCAGCAACAGCAGCAGCAGCAACAACAGCAGCAGCAGCAACAACAACAGCAGCAGCAGCAACAACAACAGCAGCAGCAGCAGCAACAACAGCAGCAGCAGCAGCAGCAGCAGCAGCAGCAACAGCAGCAGCAGCAGCAGCAGCAGCAGCAGCAGCAGCAGCAACAGCAACAGCAAGUGUGUUCGCAUGCUGUUACUGCUGCUACUGCUCCCGCCCCUCCCGUUCCCUCCACAUUCCACACAACAAUUGUGUUACCCGCUUCGCAUGCGGUUACCACAACACACUGCACCAGAGCGGCAACUACUCCCCACACGCAUCACUUCUCUACUCUCAGUGCUGCUGGUGGGGCCAGUCAAGAGGGGACAGCAGCACAAGCAGUGGCGCAAGCGACCCCUCAGGCUCAGGGGGAGGGAAUGAUGCUGCUGGGGAACUUUAUUGCAUCGCCCUCCCCCUCCCCGUCCCCUUCGCCUGGCGACUCGCCGCGCAGACGCCUGAAAAGGGAGGAGUCGUUUCAUGUGGAUAGGGAUGAACAGCAGGGGCGUGUGGCGAGGGCGAGGGGGGGAGGUGCGAGGGGGAGUGGAGGAGGCGUAGUGCAGCGGCUGACAGCGCAGUUUGAUGCGCAGUGUGGGGCAGAGGGGGGUGCUGAUGGUGCUGCAGGUCUCACACAGCGUCUUGCUGACUUGAGGACAUCUAAGGACCAGAGCCGCCAGCGGCCUGCUGCCCACCAGUCGUCUCCAUCCUCGCUCCACUCAUCCGCACCUCCCAUCUCUGCAUCUGCCUCACCCCCCUCCUCGUUCGGAGCCAUCCCAUCCCCUUCCUCGGCAGCGGCAUCCACCAUAUCCUCCUCCCCUGCAAGCCCUUCCUCCUCGUCCUCUGCCUUGUCGUCCUUGGUGGCGGGGGGCUCAGGGGCGCGCGAGGGGUCUUCGUAG